AUGUGCAUGAGGAGGAGCAGAGGGAGGGAGCUGCUGCUGCUCCUGCUGCUGUUUCUGCUGCUCGGUGCUGAGAGAAAGAAAGACCAACGCUGCGAAACACAAGGCAGGCUGCAAGCUGAGAGAAGGCAGCAUGGCGGGGCUACAGGACUUCCAACAAGGCAGCCACUGCCACAGGAAAACGUGGAUCAAUAUACUACUAGGAAUACUUCAAUUGCUUUUACCCUGCGUCCAGCACGGAGGGGCACAGCUGCAAGCUCUGGGUCAGAUAUCCACCAGCGUGGUCGAGGUCUGGCAACCGGAGGAUGCAGACCCAUUAGUCCCACUUCAGGUGGAGAAGGAGCGAAGAAAAGAUGGUCUUCCAAUUGAAGACAGCUCCUCUCCAUAUACAGGGGAGAAUGGGAGGCCCUUGCAAUUUCAGCCCCCAGCGUUGGAGUUUGGGACGCAGCCACUGGGGUUGGCAAGAGCUGAAACCAUAUAUAUACAAAACCCAAGCCAGGAAGUUCCUGUGACACUGCUGUCAAUGUUUACAUCCAGCAGGCAUUUUUACGUACCCUUCUUUCACAGAAGAGUGAUCCCACCCAGAGGGAAGACAUCUUUUAAACUAAUUUUCCUCCCGUCUGAGGAGGGCAAUGUAGAAAACACAUUAUUUAUAAACACAUCAGCCCAUGGGCUGCUCUCAUACCAGGUAUUUGGUGUGGGAGUUCACCGGGGUUCAUUAAAGUCUGUCCAAAGAAAAGACAGUCUGUUAAUAUUCCCUCACAUCCAGAGUAUUAAGCUGACCCAAACUCAGGAAGAUGCCUCUAACAUCACCAUACUGGGGUUACUCCUGGAGUGCAGCUUACCGAAGAGUUUGUUAAACAGUCCUCAGGGCUCCUGCCUCCAGAGUGAGGAGCGCCUCAGUCUGCAGAUUAAUCUGUCUGCGCGUGGUGACCGGCCCGCUGACCUGGACAAGCUCAAACCUUACGUCAUCGAGCACAUUUUGGUGCUGCUGAUGGCCCCCACUGCCGGACCGGCUGCAGUAGGGGAACUAAGGCUUGGAGUUUAUUUGUUAAAUUCUGGAGGCAAGAAGUUCUACAUAAAGGAUAUGCAGCUGUUAUCAAAAGUGGAGGCCAGUCUGGAAUUUAAUCAAGUUCUUCUGAGACCAGAAGCAAAGAACUUCACUGAAGUGGCUACACUUGCCUGCAGAGGUUCAUUGCCAGGCCAUGGAAGGAAAUGCACAAGUCAUAUCAGUUUAAAAAUGAUGGGAAACCAGACAGCAUACAACUUCCCUGGACUACAUAUCUCACACAGACAUACCGUUGAGGAUUUGUUCAGCCUGGUGCAGCUGAAACAAAGAGAUGCAGACCAGGUGGAUUUGUGGCUAACUAACUCCCUCCUCUUUCCUCUCACGGUGCUGAAUGUCAGGCUUUCACAGAAGCUUCAGGGAGUGAUGAAGGUGAUGAACUUCAGUGCUCCACUCGUGGUCCCUCAGGGCUGCUGGCAUUUCCUGUCCCUCCAGCUGCUCAGCAAGUCCCUGCCCAUCAACCAGUUGUUCACACUGAGUCUGGACACCAGCCUGGGCACAGCUCUGCACAUUCCCCUAUUCUUUCACUCUACUCCUUUUAAGCAGGGGGAGGUGGUGUUUGAGGUGGAACGAGAGUGUGGACGACCCUGCCCUCUAAGACUGUCUGAAACAGGUCGUGCAGAGUGGCAGCAGUCCCUCCUCCCAGACUCUUUCCCCUCAUCUUGGGCCACAGAUAGCAAACUGGCUGCUGAGCUCUGCUCUCACUGGCAGAGCAGCAAAGACAAACUGCCCUGCAGGUGGCCGAGGCUGCCUGUAGAGACAUCCCUUCCUCUAGACUUUGGUGCUACACCAGUCAAUGAAAGCAAGGUGAGGACAUUCACAUUGAAGAAUCCUACUUCUUCAGUGGUUUCUGUAGAGAUUCGUCGCCUAUCCCUGUACCCUGCCCCCCUAGAGGCCCUGGACCUCCUAACCAAAUGGUUUAAUAUCAGCCCCGUCUCUGUCAACAUCAGCACUACAGAGUUUUCUCUUUUGGCCUCUCCCCCGAAGGCGGGUGCGUCCAUGGAGGAUCUAACAGGAGAGGGAGUUGUUCGUCUGCUGCUGCAGCCCUGGGAGGCUAGAGAAGUUGCUGUGGUCUUUACUCCCUCUGAAUACAAACCCAGCUCAACCAUUCUCAUCAUCAGGAACAACCUGACAGUGUUCGACAUGAUGACAGUGCAGGGCCACGGGGCCAAAGAGCUGCUUAGAGUUGGAGGAAAGAUGCCCGGCCCUGGAGCUUCUCUGCGCUUCAACGUUCCUCAGUCAACUCUGAUGGAGUGUCGAGAUGGCCUGCGAACCAACAAGCCGCUCUUUGCUAUCAGGAAGAGUUUUAAAGUAGAGAAUGCAGGAGAGCUUCCUCUGACCGUCAUGUCCAUGAAUAUAAACGGAUACAAGUGUCAGGGGUUUGGAUUUGAAGUUCUGCAAUGUCGCCCCUUCAGUCUCGACCACAACACUUCCUCAGAGAUCACCAUUGCCUUCACCCCAGACUUCACGUCAUCCUGGGUCAUCCGGGACCUAACCCUGGUGACAUCACGAGGCACGUCUUUCCCUUUCACCCUGAAUGUGACGCUGCCUCACCACAUGCUGCCUCUUUGUGCUCAGGUGGUCCCUGGGCCUAGCUGGGAGGAAACUUUCUGGGUGGUUACACUUGUCUUCACUUGCUUCUCCCUUUUUGGCGUGUGUCUGAUGGCCUUUCAUCAGGCCCAGUAUAUCCUGAAUGAGUUCUCCACCCCCACCAUCAGGAGCAGCCACAACUCCAUCCUCUCCAGGGACAACGGCCCAGUCAAUAAUAUCACACCUAAUGGAGUAAAUAAAACCAAGGGCAGCUGUAAGAGCUAUGUAGACACUGGUCACACCUCAGACAAAGGUAAGGGGCGGGGCUCACCAGCCCUAGCCAACAGCCCCACCCCUCGCCCUCAGUCGUCAAAGAAAGGUUCCUCAGUUACCCCGUCCCAGUCGCAAAAGAAACACAAAGUAUCACUCUAUUACACCAAAUACAAGUCAAGCUCAUCCGCAGCAGCAGCUGGAGCCGUGCUGGUAGAUGAAGAGCAAGAAGACUUAACACCGGACCCUCCUCUGACCCCAGACCCUGAUGUCUGCAAUAACAAUGAACCAGCUUUCAUCAGCGAGCUGGAUAAAAAGAUACCUGCAGACUUUAAAGAAGACCCCCACAGCACUAUAGAAGAUAGAGCACCAGCAGCAGCAGUUAUGUUUCCCAUGGAAAUGCCUGCUGGUUUCCCAGAUAACGUCACAUUAAGUCCAGGACCCAGACCAGGGCUGUUAGUGUGCAGUCCUGUAGAGAAGAGCUGCAUCGAGCACUACGCAGAGAAGAUCGACUCUGAUAAAAGGGACAAUGUCGAGAUGGAGCUAAGAGAAGAUGGCAAAGGGCAGAAAAAGAAAGCACAGAAUGCAGAGACUGGCGCUGUAGCAGGAAACAAUAAGGGAAAGAGGAGUCGCAGGAAGACAGAAAGUGUCUCCAGUGCUCCUGAGCACAACGAAGUAGUGAUGUCAGAGAGGGAGAAAGACUCAGAGUGGAAAACAGGGGACCGAAACAUCAGUGGAACCCGCAACAGGAACCGCUGCUGCAACGGCUUGAAGUCAGAAGCACCAAAGCCUGGACAAAAUACCGAAAGCCCCCUCAAACAGAACGGUGUGUGUCCUGCUCGUACUCGGAGAAAGUGUGCAACAGAGCGACGCAGUGGUGGAGUGUGCGAGUCAGGGUCAGACUCUGGCAGCUCAUCUGGCAGUGUGAGGGCCAGCAGGGGGAGCUGGGGCAGCUGGAGCAGUGCCAGCAGCAUGGAGGGUGACAAAGAUCCCAGCGCCAGGACACACGCCUGCACUACCUCAUCUAGAAAAAGGGAAUCCAUGCAGUAUGGCGUCUACCCAGUAGAGCGAGACUGCUACCAGAACAUGAAUACAAACUACAAGGCUCUCAGCAUGAACAGCUUGUACCGUAAAGAAGUUUGCCAAAGCCCAGAAUCCACAGCCCCCAGUUUUACCCCAAGUUUUGCUGCUGUUGCUGCAGGAGUGGACAGAAACACAGACCUGACAGGUCAGUAUUUGCCCGAGGAGACGUGGUCCGCUCCAUCCAUCCCGUUAACCAAUGAGUUCAGAUACAACACCACUGAAGCUCUGCCCUACAUACCUCAACCUGCUACCACCGCACCAUACAAUGGGUUUACUUGGAGUAGUGCCAACAGCCACUGCAACAGUCCAUACACCUACUGCGAGGAAAACAACUACAUAGGUAAUGGAACUUUUCAGAGUGGUUAUCCCAGUCAGGAGGCUCAGAAUGUACACAGCAGUCAGACCAGCUGGAGUGAGGAACAGCCUCAGGAAUCGCCCUCAGCCUGGGACACAGCAGCCUGUGUGGGCAGCAAGCCAUACUUCUCUGGGACCAGAAGCCUCUCCCCUAUGUCCAGUCUGUUUGGAUCCAUCUGGACACCUCAGAGCGAGCCCUACCAGAGCCACCACUUCCAACCUGAGCGAUCUGCCCCCAUCUCCCCUGUCUCCCCCAUAACACCCCCUCACUCUCCCUUCAGCCGGGAGCCUGAGGGGAGGUAUGCUCCCAUCCAGUACUCCAGCUUCAACCCAUUCGGCCCGCACAUGAACCUGGACAUAUGGAACUCCUCAUCCAACCGCAGCUCCAACUCACAGCUCUCCAACGACUCCGGCUACUGCGGUGAUGUUUAAAAGGAAAAAGGAAAACGGCAAACGUUAAUAAGUGCAAACAUAUAAAAACAUUGAUAUGUAAAAGAAAGGAAAUAAAAAUGAAUGUUCUUUUAUCAUUAAUGGGGGAAAUGUGAAUAUUCCUUUUCUUUUAUGUUCCCAUUUUCAAAUGUUAAAUGUUGUGAAAGGUUAAGCAUUUGUUGUAUAUUUUUCUAGAUGUUUUGCAGUUUUGAUCAUAGAAAAUAAAAAAAAG